GAGACCAUGAUCGCCAAAGGUGAGAACAAUGAAGACCUGUAUCAACCAGCGGAAUGGAGAGCAGCUCGUGAGAAAGUCUUGCGGAAUGUGAAAGAGGUGUGCGAGACGGUGUGCCCAGUGGUGAGAGAAGUUGGCUCUGCGGCAAGAGGAACCGACCUGCCCUGUUCGGACAUUGGGAAAUCAUGCGAGACGUGUUGA